AGUUGUUUGUUCCUUGCUUCUUGUUGACACAUGACAGUAGGGUUGCAUUGCACUAUAUUUCUCCUCUCGCUUCGCUGCCAUAAACCCCAAAACAACAACAAUGGCUGCUUCUCUUCCUUCCAAAGAGGCCAACCUCUUCAAACUUAUUGUCAAAUCCUAUGAAACCAAACAAUACAAAAAAGGCCUCAAAGCAGCCGAUUCCAUUUUGAAAAAAUUCCCAAACCAUGGAGAAACUUUAUCAAUGAAGGGUUUGACAUUAAAUUGUAUGGAUCGUAAGUCUGAGGCAUACGAACUGGUUCGCCAAGGAUUGAAGAAUGACCUUAAAAGCCAUGUUUGCUGGCAUGUUUUUGGUCUACUGUACCGGUCAGACAGAGAAUAUAGGGAAGCAAUAAAGUGCUAUCGAAAUGCACUGAAAAUAGAUCCUGACAAUAUUGAAAUCUUGCGGGACCUAUCACUUUUACAGGCUCAAAUGCGAGAUUUAACUGGCUUUGUUGAGACACGACAACAACUUUUGACACUCAAGUCAAAUCACCGCAUGAACUGGAUUGGCUUUGCUGUCGCACACCAUUUAAACUCAAAUGCAUCAAAGGCUAUUGAAAUUCUGGAAGCGUAUGAAGGGACAUUGGAAGAUGAUUAUCCUCCAGAAAAUGAACGCUGUGAGCAUGGGGAAAUGCUUUUGUAUAAGAUCUCUUUGUUAGAAGAAUGCGGAUUUUUUGAAAAGGCUCUUGAGGAGUUGCAAAAGAAAGAGUUAAAAAUUGUUGAUAAGCUUGCAUAUAAAGAACAGGAGGUUUCACUUUUAGUCAAGCUUGACUGCUUAGAAGAAGGGGAGAAAUUGUACCGGGCAUUACUUUCCAUGAAUCCUGACAAUUAUAGAUAUUAUGAAGGCCUCCAAAAAUGUGUUGGAUUAUAUUCAGAAAAUGGCCAUUUUUCUCCUGAUGAAAUUGAUCGGUUAGAUGCCUUGUACAAAACACUAGGGCAGCAAUAUAAGUGGUCUUCUGCUGUUAAGAGAAUACCACUGGAUUUUUUACAAAGUGACAAGUUUCGAGAAGCAGCAGAUAGGUAUAUUAGGCCUCUCCUAACUAAGGGUGUCCCAUCUCUAUUCUCUGAUCUUUCUUCAUUAUACAAUCAACCUGGGAAGGCAGACAUUUUGGAACAGAUCAUUCUUGAGUUAGAGAGUUCAAUUAAGAGCACUGGCCAAUACCCUGGAAGGAUGGAAAAAGACCCACCCUCAACUCUUAUGUGGACUUUGUUCUUGUUGGCUCAGCAUUAUGAUAGACGGGGCCAAUAUGACAUUGCUCUUUCUAAAAUUGAUGAGGCUAUUGAUCAUACACCCACUGUCAUUGAUCUGUAUUCAGUCAAGAGUCGGAUACUGAAGCAUGCUGGUGAUUUGGCUGCUGCUGCUGCAUUUGCAGAUGAAGCUAGGUGUAUGGAUCUUGCUGAUCGUCAUGUUAAUAGUGAAUGCAUUAAGCGCAUGCUGCAGGCUGAUCAGGUGUCUUUGGCAGAAAAAACUGCAGUGUUGUUCACAAAAGAUGGUGAUCAACACAACAACCUUCAUGACAUGCAGUGCAUGUGGUAUGAGCUUGCCUCUGCUGAAAGCUAUUUCCGCCAAGGUGAUCUUGGACUGGCUCUCAAGAAAUUUCUAGCUGUGGAGAAGCAUUAUGCAGAUAUUGCAGAAGAUCAAUUUGAUUUUCAUUCAUAUUGCUUAAGGAAAAUGACAUUGCGUACAUAUGUGGAAAUGCUUAAAUUUCAAGACCAAUUGCAUUCACAUGCAUACUUUCAUAAAGCAGCUGCUGGUGCUAUCAGAUGUUAUAUAAAAUUGCAUGAUUCUCCUCCAAAGUCUUCAUCUGAGGAAGAUAAUGACAUGUCUAAGUUGCUUCCUUCUCAGAAAAAGAAAUUGAGGCAAAGACUGAGAAAGGCAGAAGCAAGAGCUAAGAAAGAGGCUGAAGAAAAAAAUGAAGAAUCAAGUGCUGGUGGGAUAUCAAAAUCUGGAAAACGGCAUGCAAAACCUGUUGAUCCAGAUUCACGUGGUGAAAAAUUAUUGCAGGUUGGAGAUCCAUUGUUAGAAGCCACAAAAUACUUGAAGCUUCUAUAGAAGAAUUCACCUAAUUCAUUGGAGACACACUCUCUCUCUUUUGAAUUAUAUAUGAGAAAACAGAAGAUUUUGCUUGCCUUCCAGGCUGUGAAGCAGUUACUGAGGUUGGAUGCUGAACACCCUGAUUCUCAUCGUUGCUUGAUUAAAUUCUUCAAUAAAGUGGGAUCCAUGAAUGCUCCUGUGACUGACAGUGAGAAACUCAUUUGGAGUGUCUUAGAAGCUGAGCGCCAAACUAUUAGUCAGCUGCAUGGAAAAUCUCUAUUUGAGACAAAUAACUCUUUCCUUGAAAAACACGAAGAUUCUUUGAUGCAUAGAGCUGCUUUUGGAGAAAUGUUGUAUAUUUUGGAUCCCAACAGAAGGUCUGAGGCUGUCAAGUUGAUUGAAGGGUCAACAAAUAACCUUGUGCCAAGAAAUGGAGCGCUUGGACCAAUCAGGGAAUGGAAACUUAAAGAUUGUAUUGCAGUUCAUAAACUUCUUGGAACAGUUCUUGUUGAUCAGGAUGCUGCAUUAAGAUGGAAAGUGCGUUGUGCCAAGUAUUUCCCGUACUCGACGUACUUUGAGGGCAGUCGCAGCUCUGCUUCUCCCAACUCUGCCCUUAAUCAGAUAUGCAAGAGCACUGAAAAUGGAAGUUCUAACCAUUUGGCCGGUGAUCACAGUGUGGAAUCAGUCCCAUCAAAUGGGAAACUAGAGGCAUUUAAAGAUCUCAGUAUUUGACAAAGUUGAACAUGGGCUAUAAAAUGGUUUGCAACCACGCCUAAGUUCCCAGCAUACCAAGUUUUGGUGCCGGUUAUAUCAAAUUCUGGACUCACGGGUGUAGUUCUUUGCACGAGUUCUGCCUCUCUAAACUGACCUUUAUUCCAUUUGCAAAUGUGUAUAAUUUUACCGCAAUUAUGUUUUAGGGUUGAAUUUUUUAUUUGCUCACCCCGUUUUUGAGAGAAGACUCCAAGGAUUUGCAUCGUCGUCCAAUUAGGUCGCAGGGAGAGCUACAGAAAUUUUAAGUUUAUGGUCCUGCGUUCGGCCAGCAUAUAUAUACACCGAGAGCAUGUUGUACUUUUCCUAUUUCUUGCCUUAUUUAUCAUGUAUUAAUUAUAAUUAUUCAACUAUGUCAAAAUUUUGCUUUAGAUUCCACACUGUUGAAUAUUAGAUGAUGGUUGAGAAGGCUUGUAAGAAUUAUGAUUAAAAACAAAAUUUAUACAAAAUCUGCCUCAAACGGUGUGGUUGGUUUAAA